AUGGCUACCACCGUCGCUGCUACUUCCUCUUUUACGGGCAUCCGCCUUUCUGACGUCUACUCAAGCUCUGGGAGGGUAGUGGCCCGGUUCGACUUUGGGGGUAAGAAAGCCGCCAAGAAACCUGCUGAGUAUUUGCAGUAUGAUUUGGAUUCUUUGGAUCAAAAUCCGGUCAAGAACAUGGCAAGUGACAUCAUUGGGACCUGGACUGAGGUCACCGACAUAAAGCCAACUCCAUUUCAGCCUUACAGCAAGGUCUUUGGCCUGCAGAGGUUCCGUGAAUGUGAGCUGAUCCAUGGACGUUGGGACAUGUUGGCUACUCUAAGUGCCCUCACUAUUGAAUGA